AUGGAAAUUACAGCAACAAUAUGGGCAGAACAAGCAGAACAAGCAGAACAAGCAGAACAAGUAGAACAAUUGGAAGAUAAAUACCGUGUUGUGGGAAGCGAUAACAUUGUUCUCAUCAUGACAAGUGUUCUUAUCAAGACAUAUCAAGGUGCAAUUUGUUUGUCGGCAUCUUCUGGAACCAAAUUCUAUUUGAGCCGUGAAUUUGAUCCUGUUACUACCUUUCGAAAAAGUUUCAGCUACGAUGGUGGUUGCUUAGUUAACCUUGGCAGCAUGAUUGAACAAGCUCCAAUGAUUAUUAGGUGUUCUGAACCACUACAUUCAAUAAAUGAUAUUUGGGAAUUUAUCUCAUCCGACGUCCCUCAGAAAAAGAUUUUUGUGUGUAAAGCAACUAUUACUGAUAUUGUGUUACGUAAGGGUUGGAAUUACAUAUCAUGUUCAACUUGCUCAACAAAAUUGGAAAAGUCAGGAUCAUCGCUUAAUUGCCAAAAAUGUGGUAAAACAUCACAAUCCGUAGGAGUCCUAAGUUUCAAAAUUGAAGUAAUAGUAGAUGAUGGAGACGACUCUGCAACUUUGGUUAUAUUUGACCAAGAUGGUUCACAAAUCACGGGAACAACUGCUGAAGACAUCAAAAGAAACUCCGGGGAAGAAGAGUUGAAAGGCAUUCCCAAAAGUUUACGUACAAUCAUAGGAGAGACUUAUUUGUUCGCACUAUCAAGAGUCACUACAACUGCAGGACUUCAGAUUCUUAAAGUUGGGACAAAACACUAUGAUAGUAGUGUUCUACAAAAUAUUGUCUAUCAAGAAGUUUUCAACAACAUAUGA